CGUGACGAGACGAAUCUGAGCGUAAGUCCGAAGAACCUGGCGGGUAACUCGAUUAGGCUCACGGCUUGAUUACAUAAUGACACUCGGCAAUCGUCGGCUGUAUAUCUGUGACUGUACUGCCUUAUGAUAUGUCUCGUAUCUUGCUUUUCCGAUCGUAUGUUCCGACGCUCAGUUCGCUGCAUUCUCGGACCUGGGAACUCGGAUAAAUUUCCAUAUUCUUGAGAUCUGCGUGGCUCACUUUCCUGGGCUUAAACACCUACUGUCGUCAAACCAGUGCAGCCUGUAUCCAUCUCAUCAUCCUUCAUAGAUCCGUCAUACAUCUCUUGGAUGCUGAACCUGUCUCCCUAUCACCGACAGAUCCAAUGGGUCGACUGAACCUUGAUGCGUUCGGCUCGGUUGCAUUCGUGUGGAAGACGCUGGGUCUACCACAGGAAGCUCUCAACUCAUUACAUUUACCUUUAGAUGCCAAAUGCCUACCGUCCUCUUUCAAAGUCGACAUUCUCGCACAAUCCACCAUUGCAACGUCUGCAUUGGCGGCAGCUCUACUUUGGUCCGUUCGGAACGCAUCCCCAAUACCUCGGGUCACGGUUCCAGCCGAGCACGCGUGUGUCGAGUUCAAAUCUGAGCGACUGUACACUGUCGACGGGAAGUCCGCGUCCCCACCCUGGGGUGCUAUUGGUGGAUUUCACAAAGCAUCUGAUGGAUAUGUGAGGAUACACGAUUCUUUCCCGAAUCAUCAUCAGAACGCACUACAUGUGCUAGGACUUCCACCAAAUGCGACGAAAGAAGAUGUCACUCGAGAAGUUUCGAAAUGGAAAGCUGUGGAAUUGGAGACCGAAGCAUGGCGACGUGGAGCAGUAAUCGCUGCGCUACGAUCUAUCGAUCAAUGGGAGGCUUUACCCCAAGCCAGCGCUAUCGCGGAUGCCCCUGUUCUCUUCGAGAGGAUUGCACACUCUGAGCCGCAUAUGCCACCGCAGCCAACAACGGAAAUAACGAACAAGUGCCUACACGGUGUUCGCGUUAUCGAGAUGAGCAGAGUUAUAGCCGCACCAGUGGCUGGGAAAACACUAGCUGCGCAUGGGGCCGACGUUAUAUGGAUCACAUCGCCAUCUUUGCCUGAUCUUCCUGAUCUAGAUAUCGACCUGUCGCGCGGCAAGCGCACAGUACAGCUCGAUAUCAAGAAGGCUGAAGACAAGGCUAAGCUGCUAGAUCUACUCUCCACAGCCGACGUUUUCCUCCAGAGCUAUCGUCCUGGAAGCCUAGCGGCAAAAGGUCUCAGUGCGGCAGAGUUGAUGGAAGCGAACCCAAGACUGAUUGUGGCAAGUCUCAGCGCUUACGGUCCUGAAGGUCCUUGGUCUGAAAACCGUGGGUUUGAUUCACUUGUGCAAACUUGUUCCGGUAUUAAUGUGGCAGAGGCCGAGCACUAUGGCGCUAACGAGCCGAUGCGCGUCCUGCCCUGUCAAGCAUUCGAUCAUGGAGCUGGUUAUCUUUUGGCGACCGGAAUCAUAGCUGCAUUAUACAAACGAGCCACUGAUGGGGGCGCCUACGAGGUUAGCGUAUCCUUAGCUGCUGUCAUGAAAUAUAUGCGGUCCUUAGGCCGAUACGAUGGCAAAAGUGGAUUCGACCGGAAAGAUUUUCAGAAGCCGGAGGAUGUCAAGCAGUAUCUAGAAUCGCGACACACACACCUUGGGGUCCUCGAGGCAGUAAGACACUCCGCCUGCAUUGAGGGCCUGUCCGUCGGUUGGGACAUCAUGCCGAAACCAUUGGGUAGUGAUACGGCGGGUUGGCUUUGAGGGUCCGACAACAUAGUGCUUGAUAUGAUAGCACUGCAUUCAUGACGAGUAUACUUGAAUAUCAAUAUCUGUCUCAUCAAUUUGAUAUUGAAUGAACGAGGUACGUUGCCCUAGAAAUCUUAGCCAUCUACGAUCAGCUCCGAGAAGCCAAGCGACAUGGUACCGUCAUCUUGGAGAUCCGCGGUCGAGCGACCGUGAUCGUGUUGUCCUGAUUGUGACAAGCGUAGGUGUUGUGCAUUAUGUUGU